UAAAUACAUACAGGGCAUGUAUUAAAUCUGAUGUCGAUUAUGUUUGUGCAGUAUUUAGAUGAUUUCUGUAACGUAGUUGUAUUUGCUCAAUUGUUGUAUUUGCUCAAUUGUUGUAUUUGUUUUAUGUUAUCGCCUCUGUCAUUCCGGUGACUUGCGAAUGAGCCCUUCCCUGGGCUCGGGAGCGCCCAGCGGGGCGAGGCGGCCGAGGAGACCGCCCAGGCCGCGGCGCCCCCUCGUGGAGGCCGCGGGGAGCGACCGAGGAGGAGGCGGAACCGCGUGGGGAGACGGGGGGCAGCAGCCAUGGUGCGCGGGGUCAGCGCGCUCCUCCUGCAGGCAGCAGGGAAGACGCCGCGGCACCGCCACUUCGUGGACUCGCUGCGGCUCCACGUGCGGGGCGGCACGGGCGGCAUGGGGCUGCCGCGCCUUGGCGGGGAGGGCGGCCCCGGCGGAGACGUCUGGGUCCUGGCCCGGCCCGGCUCCUCCUUGCGCCAAGUCACCGAUCGGCAGCCCUCCAAGCGCCUCGCGGCCGGGGUUGGAGGCAACAGCAGGUGCAAAAGGCAAAGACUUUCAAAUCGAGGUGCCCUUGGGGAUUUCUGUCCACACAGAUGACGGGACCCUCAUAGGGGAGGUGAACAGCCCUGAGGACCGCGUGCGCGUUGCGGUGGGCGGCCUGGGUGGGGGACUCACCACGGAUUAUCAGCCCAGCCCCGGACAGAGGCGGAUGAUUCGUCUCGACCUCAAGCUCAUUGCCGACGUUGGCCUCAUCGGGUUCCCUAACGCUGGCAAGUCAACACUGUUAGAGAAACUCUCUUCUGCCAAGCCCAAGAUUGCCGACUACCCUUUUACAACGCUGUGUCCACAAAUAGGCACGAUGAUGUUCCAAGACCACAGGCAGAUCAGUGUGGCUGACCUGCCAGGAUUAAUAGAGGGAGCCCACGCCAACAAAGGGAUGGGACAUCAUUUCCUCAAGCACGUGCAGAGAAAUAAAAUACUGCUGUUCGUGGUUGACGUGUUUGGAUUCCGUCUGUCACCAAAAACGCAUUUCAGGGAUGCCUUUCAGACCGUCCAGCUGCUCGUCAAGGAGCUGGAGCUCUAUGACCCAGAUCUCCUGGGCAAAGCAGCUGUGUUGGCUGUGAAUAAAAUGGACCUUCCUGGUGCACAAGAGAAGUAUAAACAGCUUUGCCAUCAGUUGAUGCAUCCACAAGACUUCCUGUCCCUGCUGCCUGCAGGAAUGGUACCGGUAGAGCGCUUUCCUUUUGAGCACGUGUUGCCUGUGGUGGCAGUGCAAGGCAAGGGUGUGGAUGAGUUGAAGAUUGGAGUGCGCAAGGUUCUCGAUGAGCAGCAGGUGGAGGCGGUGAUGAAGGUACGAGAAGAAAUGGGCUUCAUAAGAGUGGCAGGAGUCGGCGACACUGAUGUCGCUCGUGUGCAGUCCCAUUGAUGACACACACCUGUGAGAUGUCGAGUAUGACCUCAGCGUUCAGUGCUGUGGAAUGGUUCGUGUUUUUCACAAAUUUAUCCUGAUCGUGUCACAAGACAAUCCGUUCCCAACUCUCGCCAAGAUGCCCAUCAUCCUGUCUUAGAAAAGUGAUUGGACUACUUGUAGACUGUCGAGCUAUCUCUUGUCCCACACGAGGAAGCAGCAACUUCCCACCUGCCCUGCCACAAAUGGUAAUGUUCGUUGCAUAUCAGUGAACGUAAUAUAUUUAAUUCCCAGAGGUGUAAUAUAUGCAAAUGUUUGGAGUGCAAAACGAAUGUUGUUUGCGUGAAGUUGUUGAUGAGGCUGAGACCAAAUCCCAACACAACAACGAAAUUCACGGGGAGCUCCCCACAUUCAAAUUCAGAUCAGCGGCGUGAGCGCAGUGGCUCCGAGCCACGUGUGUCCACCUCAUGGAUGUUGAAGGGACAUUGUGAACGCAGUGGAGACGGCCACUGAGAGCCGUGGAUGCGACAGCGACUGUUCCAGCCGGUGUCGGGCUCAGCGUGCGCUUCUACAUGGACACUGGAGCCAAGAGCACUGUACAAGCUUUAUUGAUGUGGAAUGCGGCCGCACGUGUCCAUGCACCAUAUUUACAUCCAUUACACGGGGACAGCAGAGCAGAGGAGACAUGCUCACAGAAACCUCUGGCCAUUCAUUCUCGCAGUUUAGCCGCAAUGGAAUGUCUCGGUAAUACACUGUGUUGUGGCUACACAAUUUUGAGCAGGAAACGGUGUUAAUGAAACUGUUGUAAAUGUUAACACUCAAAAUUGUUGUCGCAUACAGUCCUGCUUACUGAUUUAAUACUGAAUCGACGUAUACGUACGUAUUGCGUGUAAAGCUGUCUAACAGCACUGGUUAGGGCUAGCACAUGUACGAAGUUUAUAUUUGGUAUUUAGUACAGAAUUAUACCAUGCAGAAUAAAUUAAGUACAAGUACUGUAUACAGAAUGACAGUGAGCCAAGUCGUCGCCACUUGUAACACUUAACAACUGUUGUGCAAUAUUGAAUUCUUCAGUUCCCAGGAGCUGUUUCACGUCUCGAGGCAGAUGGCAGCAGUUCAAUGGAGAGCCCAAGACAGUGGACUGGGUUCUGCUGUGCAGCGUUUCGCGGGGCCACGAGUCACCUAUUAGACACAGCCGCGUGACAGGUGAAGGCGUUCUGAGACGAGGCUGCUGCUGGCUCUUUACCGGAGUCGUGGCAUCGGCGCCCUCGGCUGAAGAAUGGAAAUGCGUCGCCUUGCAGAGUGAGCCGGGCUCUUGUGCCAAUACGUUUCGUUAACACGUUCAUGGAAACCGAACGAACCACACUUUUGCUGUGGCCAUAAAACCUUUUCACAAUCCCGUACGAGUUCCACUCUCCAAAAUAUAGAGCUACACCAAGGGUGUUUUCAUUGAUGAUGUUUGCGUUGAGGGCAUUAUUGUGGUUAUGUAUAGGUUAUGUCAAUGGCAAGCCUAUGAAUAUGUUAACAUGCGAAUGUUUAUGUAAUAUGUGCAUGCUAAUAUGGAAUUUCAUAUAAAUUAUACUUGUUUUGAAUAUAGUCAUACAAUAUGAUAUGUGAAUAACCCAAAAGCAUAUGAUAUAUUGUGUAAAUUAAAUUUACUGACUGCAUUUGGUAUAUGUUUUGUAAAUAAUUACAGAAAAUGAAUCCAAGCUUAAAGCUGACCUUAUUAAAGAUUGGGUAACUCUUGGUUCUGCAAGUUGACGUUUGCUCUUUGAUUCGAAUUUAACACAAGUAGAAUCGUCCAUAUACCGAAACAUAUUUUACACCCUUAAUUAUUAAUAAACCAUUUACUUGUUCAGCAAGUGUCCAGAUGCAUUACGGCCGUAUUUUCUUAGCCUUCAAUGAGUUGAUGCCAAUGCAAGAAUACAGCAGUGCCGGUGUGGAAGUUCAA